CUCGACCCUACACAUCAAAAAUAAGAGUCAUUAUAUAUACAACAUAUUUAUUAUUAACACAUUAACACUUUUACAAGUGCUUUCCCCAGAUAACUUUUACGAUGUUUAUGGAUGAACAGAGACUACACUCACUUCAUGGCGGCGUUUGAGCUAGGGAAGAGGAAAAGGAAUUGUGGAUUAUUUUAUCCAAUCAAAUAGACGAUCGGUGCCUGGCGGUGACACAAGCGGGAAGUAUGGCGGCGACUGACGGAGCGAUCAUCGCUGAUCCGUUGCUCCAGAUGUCAAAUUACGAAGGUCCAGGUUUAUUAGACCUUUCCAAUCAGAGUCUCCACAAACUGGAUCCGAAGUUUUUCAGUCAUGGGGAGUCACACACUCUUAUUCUGGACCAAAACCACAUUAUUAAGCUGGAGCACCUGGAGCAUAAUCAAGUUCUUCAGCAGCUGUCUGCGGCCUGCAACCGUCUAGUACGCAUGAUGGGUGUCUCAAAGCUGAUUCAUUUACGAACUCUGAAUCUCUCAAACAACAGUAUCGGAUAUAUUGAGGGACUGAAGGACCUGGUUCAUCUGGAAUGGCUCAAUCUAGCUGGAAACAACAUAAAGGUCAUUGAGCAGCUCAACAAUUGUGUUUCCCUUCAACAUCUUGAUAUGUCAGAUAAUAAUAUUUCUCACAUAGGAGACCUCACAAAGCUCUCAGCGUUAAAGUCUCUUCUUCUGCAUGGAAACAUCAUCACGACUCUACGUACUGUUCCUGCCCACCUGCCAGCGAAUCUAACUGUCCUGUCGCUAGCAGAGAAUGAGAUCAGAGACCUGACUGAGGUGUCAUAUUUAGCUCCAUUGCACAACCUAGAGCAGCUGUCCAUCAUGAGUAACCCAUGUGUCAUGGCCACACCAUCUCUGCCCGGCUGUGAUUAUCGCCCAUAUGUGGUGAGCUGGUGUCUCAGUUUGAAGGUGCUGGAUGGAUUUGUGGUUUCACAAAAGGAGGGACUAAAAGGAGAAUGGCUCUACAGUCAAGGUAAAGGUCGAAUGUUUCGCCCCGGACAGCACGCACAGCUGGUCCAAUAUUUGGCAUCCACGUGUCCCCUGACAGCCACAACUGCCUUGGAGUCAGCAGAGGAUGCUAAACUUGAGCGAAUCCUCUAGAUUUUAAAUCUGUCAAACAAACAAAGACAGCAUCAGAAACAGCUGCAGCAAACACAUCACUGCUUCUCGAGUCCGUCUCGUCCCACACAUCUAGACGUGCAGCAGAGGCGCAUCCACAAGAACAAAGACGGGGAUGUCAUCACUCAGGCAGAUGUGGAUCCAGGAAUUCAGGUAAACACGUGGAUGGGCUCUGCGUCUUCACCCGUGGUUGCUCCUGCCCGGCCUCCACCUGCUGCUGAAGACAUGAUGACUCUAGAGGAUGUGCACACUGAUGAGGAGAAGCUUCAUGGUAGUCUGCUGUCCUCGGAGUCUGCUUUUCUGCCCUUUAACACUGCUGUUCAUCCUGCUUCAGCUCCUGACAGCGGUGAAGAGGAGUUUGAUGAUUCUCUGGCUCCUCCCACAUCCACUCAGUACCACCCAUCCAAGGAGGAGUCAGUAGAUAAAGCUGUCCUCACUCUGACAUAUGUGGACCACACUGACAGAACUGCCUGCUCCGACAUUAACGGGCAGCAGCAUGCAUUAAAUGGUGAUGCUGUGUUACAGAACAGUACUGUGGAGGAUUCAAAGUGGAAUGGGAUGCAGAAAGCUGCUGUGCUGCAGCGUGAAGUAAAACAAUGUGAACCACAUGAUGCAGCUGUAAGGAUUCAGUCUUGGUGGAGGGGACACUGGACGCGGUACUGCCACCCACAAGCCAGAGAAGUGCGUGCUGAGAUCCGCUUGCGUAGGAUGCAGGAUCACAUUGUCCACUUGACCGUAGAACUGGAAAGGGUGCGCAAGCAACAAGAAGAAGACCGACUACAGAAACGUGUGCAAGAAGAAGCUGUGAAGUUUCUGUGGAAGCAGCUUCAGGUCGUGCUGGAAUGGCAAUCGUCUGUUAACGAGCAGCUCAAUGUGGCAAAGAGUACUGCCUUAGAUCCCAGCAUUCCUGCAGCAACUCCUAUCCACACUGAGAUCUCCAUCCCUGAGUCUGGUUUUCAUUCUGGAGAGCGCCAGGCAGCACUGGACAACAGCCUGAGCAGCACGGCCACGACCGGAUCUCCAGAAACAGUGCGCUCUCUUCGGCCUCUGACGGCAGCCACGGGGGACAGUCAAGAUGGCAGUCUGUUAGAGCAGUAUCUCUCAUCUGUGCAGCGACAGGACGAGGAGGAGGAAGAGGAUAAAGGAAUGGGUGACAGAACAGGAACACCUCAAGAUCCAUCUGAUCUCUCUCCUCUUGGUAAAGACAAGCGCUUGUCCUGACCUGAGUCUGACAGGCUAAAAGGAAGUAGAGAAGGUCUCAUUGCAUGCAUAAUGUUUAGGCAUCACAGAACUCUCUGUCAGACUGAUGUGCCCCAGCCUUCCUUGAAGAUCGUACUCUAACUUUUUUCACUGGCCUUCAAUAGACAUGCAGAUACAUAGCCUUUGAUCUUCAUACUACACAUAUGUUGUCAGCAGUCAGACAAUUCAGUAGUGACUUUUUUUUUUUUUUUUUUUUUUUUUUACACGGUUGGGAAAUCAGUAUACAGCUUUCUGUUAAGAGUCGUUGAAGUACUUUACAUAUUUACAUACCCAGAGUGCCGAGGUCUUUCAGUGAACUUACAAGUAGACUUGUUUUCUUUUAAAUGUAGAACCUGGACAACACAACCAGAAGUAGCCUUGAACUGUAGAUAAGUAUGCAGGUAUGUGAAAUAAAUGUGAAUUGAUUUGAUAGUCUGCUGCAGUUUCAACCAUUUGAAAGCUGAAUAGCCUUUAUUGUAAAUAUUUGUGUGUGCAUCUGGAUAUUUACAGUAUGUGCUGCAACAAGUGGUCAGUGUGUGGCAUGUUAAUUUAUUUCACUUUUUUUCUGUUAUAUAUAUUUUAAAAAUCAUUUUUGUAAAUAAAGUUUUACUUUCACCAUUAUGGUAAUUUCCAUCAGUACUUUAGCACACAGUUGAAAGACGUAUUUAUUUGUUCUGCACCAAAAUGUAAUUUGUUUUGAUUACAUUUUAAUUGUUCACUUUAGAAGUAAUUUUAAAAAGUAUGAAAUGCUAACUUCGUAUUACUGUGUGGACUAUAACAAUAUUUAUACCUUCAUGUCUUGCAGCUACUGGAUCUCUAACUCUGUGAAGUUACAUCAGAGCCUGUAGCAAAUUAAUGAGUAAUGAGCAAGAGCAUGAGAUAAGUGCAUCUCUGAAGGUUUUAAAGAUGCAGUCCAAGGGAGAUUCCGUAGAAUUAGCUUAGAAAGUUGAAAAAGCGCCAAUGCAAGACUUGGUUCAGUUGUAUUGUCAGUUUUACAGUAUACAGGUUUUU